AUGGUAGAAUGGGCUGGAAUGGGCCAGAAUGGGCUGGAAUGGGCCGGAAUGGGCUGGAAUGGGCCGGAAUGGGCUGGAAUGGGCCGGAAUGGGCCAGAAUGGGCCACAUUGGCGCUGAGUGAGAACUUUUAUUUUUUGUAGGUAUUCUUAAGGUCUUUCUUCCCUGCUUCCUUCAGAAAGCGAUUUUGGACACUGUUUUCGAUUUUCCAUUUCUGACGGAUUUAUGUACUAUCGACUGCGUACUUUCAGAAAAUAGUGCUUUCAAUACUGUUUAUAACUUUAUUGUGAUUGAAAGUUUCCUCACAAGUAGCACCC